GCCACGCUGUCACCGCGUCGCCGUGGCGACGUUUGUGACACAGCCACCCGGGAGGGGUAUGAAGGCGGUGCACGCUGGUGGGUCCUGCAUCCUGAAGGAGCAUCUGGUAGAGAGCAGACGCACCUGAAGGGAUGAGCUCCGGCAUGGCUGGCGCCAACAAGGAGCAACCCGCUGGCACGAGGCGGAACAGGAUGAGCUUCUGCGAGGAUGGCCCCGCAGUGAGGCGUGCCUCCAUACCCACCUGCACCGACACCGAAGGUACACGGCUCCACAGCCACCACAGGAGCGCUGCUGCAGCCAAUCUUGGCACGCAGACGACACUUUCCAUCUGCCACCUCACUCCCGCCUGGCAGCGGGAGGGCUGCCGGGAAGCGGCAGGUGCAGAGUGUGACCCGCUUUUCCUUUGCCCUCCAGAGCGAGUUGCCGUCUGGGAUGCGGUGGCCGCCUACGUACAAGAGCACCUCCUGGUGCAGAAGGGGGUCUGGAUUCCCACCUUCGGAUCCUUUGACACCAUCUCCAGAGACAUCAGGACUGAGGACGGGACAGUGACUCUGCGGUGGCCCGUCUUUCACUUGUCUGGAAACCUCAUAGCCGUGCACCACCUCAAGCCCCGCAGGGAGUCCCUGCCAGCCCAUAGGAAGCUGGAGCCGCUCAAGAGCAGCGAGGUGGCCGCAGCUGCCUCUGUGACCUGGCAGACAGCGCAGGCUUGCAUCCAAAGCACCGUGUCCCUGCUCUCUGGCUGCCUGAAGAAUGGGGAGAACGUUGCCGUUGUCUUCAAGGACAUUGGAGUGCUCCACAUCGAUGGACUGACCUUCCACAUGAAAUUCUAUUACGACUUCCUUGAGAAGCUGUCAGGGAAAGAGAAGUUCAGGAAAGCUCUUCUCAAGGCCCCCUGGCUGCUGGACAUGGUGGUGUCCCGAGCGGCACCGGUGGCCUCCCUGGCACUCUCUGGCUGCCUCGUCGUCUUUCCCAAGUUUCAAAUGGAGUUUGUCCCCAAACCACCACCUGGGAUAUGCCGCAGGUCCUCAGGAGGCAUCCCUGCGGAGGGGAAACCAAAGGAAGAGGAGGCUUUGCCACCUCUCGCCCAGGGCAAGAAAGUGAGAUUUGCUGGCAAGCCAACCUUCAUCAAACGCUUGAGCUCGGACAGUCUAGAUGGAGGAAAACUCCGAAGGAUAAGGAGCUUACUGCGCAAGGAGAGCUCUACGUCCAGUCUGCUGCCAGCCAUCCCUGGAGUGCCUGAAGAACAAAAGCAGCCGCUGACCUGCCAGCUGCAGGGCCAGGCAGAAACCGACAGCCAAGAAGACCUGGGCCGAGCCCCGGGAACCAAACACGUGAGCUUCCGUGAGGAAGAACAGGAAGCGGAAAAAGCCCAUCGUGUGGCUGCGGUGCUGAAGUUGCCCAAAGCCAACGAAUCUUUCAGCAAUGAUUCCAGACCUUCCUCAAGGGCUCAGUCCAGCCCGUCGCAGGCAUCGCAAGGCACUCCAUCCCGGCUUCCACUUCUGGCAUGUGACUCAGUCAGACUUCUCAGGCGCAGGGCUAAGAAGAGCAGGCAGAAAGAACCUGAGGAGAUGGAAGCAUCAACAUCUCAGGCUGAGGCCAGCCAGCCGCAGGAGUCCUCUGCUGACAGAGCUGGAUUUCUGCCACCGAUAAACGAAGAAACACAGUCUCCUCAGCGUCAGCCUCCAAACAGCAAAGCCCCAUCGCGCAGGAAGGGCACACACUACCCACGCUGA